AUUUUUUUUGUUCCAAUUUUUUGUUUUGAUUAACAUUUGAUUUGCCAAUUACUAUUUUCUUAAUUUCUUUUGUUUUUAUUUAUUUAUUCUAAUUGAAUGACCAUAAACUAUGUCAUCUUUAGAAUCUAAAGUUGUCACAUGGAUUCAAGAGGAAUUUCCAUUUUCUAAUCUUAAAAUAGGAGCAAAAGAUGUAACCAGACUAAUUACAUCAAAAAAUGGUCAUCUUUAUAUUAAAUUGCUCAGUUUACUUAGUGAAAAUUUUAAAUCUAAAAGUAAAUUUAAAGCAAUCAAAGAUUCUUCAAGUUUAAUUAGUGAAAAGAAGAAGAGAGAUGCUCUUAAAAAUGACCUUAUCAAAGUGGAAAAAGGUUUAGGUGGUUUGUUAUCUGCUGUCCACCAAGAGGAAAAAAGAUUGGAACAGGAGAGACGAAAAACUGACAUGAUGAAGACGAAAGAGACUCUAUUUAAAUCUCUAUCAUCAGCUUUAGAAAUGAUUAAAUUGUUCUGUGAAAGUUUCUCAAAAGCUCAAAUUCCCCAGGUAGAUGUUGACUCUCUUUUCAAAGAACAAUUAUCAAUCAAAGAUCUUUUCCCAAACGGAAGUGUAACCGUUUUCCAGACAAGACAAAGGCGAAAAGAAAUCAACUACAACACAACUUUAGACGAAAUUAAUAAAAUGAUCGCUAACAUCAACACAAUACUAACUGAAUUGUCUAAUCAACGUUUAGAAGUUCCGAAAAUAUCAUUCGAUCAAACAUUUCUCAAGAAUUUACUUGAUCAUGAUUGUCACAAGUCGAAUAAUUCAUUAGAUGUUAUCGGUACAAUUUCCGUUCGAACUGAUCAUUCUAAGUCUUCAAAUCAUCGUUUUAAUUUUGGUCUCUCAGCGCUUAAGUUGGUCAACGAUUAUGAGGAGCAUCGAUCAGCCCAAGAAACUAAAUUGUUGGAUAAAUUGGAACAAGCAUAUUCACGAAUGCAACGGUUGGUUGAAAGAUUACCUUCGGUCAAAGCUUCUUGAUUAGUGAUCAUCAUCAAAUUGAUCUAAAUCCAAGUAAUCUGCAUGGAAACUUGUCUAAUUAUUUACAACUAAAAUAUAAUCUUAAUCGAACCCAAUUUGGAAGAUUUAACAAACUUUUUCUUCAAAAUAAUGAAAGAUAAUCAGUUAGAGGAAAGAGGAGAGAGAAACUUAUACAGAUAAGACUGAAUUCAUUUUCAAUCAUUAACUCAUUUUGAUUACAAUUUAUUUCUUAUACACCGGAUUCACAAUAUCCAAAUAGGAUUAACAAUGAAAACCGUAACAAUAAAAAGCAACAAUUGAUCCUAAUA